AGUAGAAGAUCAUUACACUACCAAGCGGCGCUGGUGAAUGAAAAAGAAGAAGGGAUUUACAAAGCGUGGCACAGAAAAGAAAAGAAAAGAAAAGAAAAGGACUAGACCUAAGAAGCUGUUUCUAUUCUCCCUCUCAACUCUGGGAGAAGAUGGUUUGACGACUUAAACUGACAACAAGGAGGUUCUGAAAUACUUUGUGGUCUCUGGCCAUGUUUGGAUUAAAAUCGCAACACUUCUACCUUCCAGGUAUGAACCAUGACUCCAAUAAAUCUCCAUCAUUAGGAAUGAUCUCCACGGCAACCCGCACCACGGCCACUGUCAGUCCCCUGAACCCUCUAACCAAUGGGAGCGCAGUGUCCCAGUCUGCAAAUUCCGGAUUCGCUGCUGCCCUGCGUAAACUGGCCAAGCAGGCCGAGGAUCCCAGAGGUUCUGCCGUUAGCCGCGAGCCUUCUCCUGUCUCCACCCCCUCCACCAGCCACAGCUCCCCAGUCACCACCCCGAAGCGGCCAUCUUUAGGACCUCCUCUCCUGGGCCAGAGCCGGGGCCACAGUGUCCCUAGUACCCCUCCAGUGGUGACUAUAGCCCCAACCAAGACCAGCAACAGCCUGUGGAGGGCAGAGUCAAGACAGGUAAUGGACAACAAACAAGCUGAGGUGAGUGUUCGAGAACGUCUGGAGAACCACUCGUACCCACAGGACAAGAGGACCCCUCCCCUCUCCUCCCCCCACCCUCUGACUCACUCAUACGGACUGCAACCCGGAGCUGUCAUGCAGGACCCCAGAAUACAGAGCCUCAGUUUACCUGGGCAGAUGCACCCCGGGGUCCCUCCUGGUGCAGUCCCAGAGGAGUAUCUGAGAGUGCUGCGUCCCUAUGCUACGUCAGAGGAGCUCCGGCUGGCCUCUCUGCCCCUGGGCAUGGACCCUGCAGCUGCCCAUGCUGCUGCUGCUGCUGCCUACUACCACCCAGCCUACCUCCACCACCCCCUCUCCCUACAAAGAAUGGAGGAGUCUCUUUGUCUCUCUGCCCUUCGCUCGCCAUACUACUCUGUGCCUGGAGGGGGCGCCUUCCCCUCCCUGCACCCCUCUGCCCUCCAUAUGCACCUGCCUGGGAGCCGGUACCCUGCUGAACUCAACCAUACAGCCCUGGCAGAGAGGCUACAGAUGGAGAGCGAGCUGCGCCAGCGAGAACACGAGCGCGAACGGGAGAAAGAGAGGGAGCGUGUGGCCAAGGGAGCGGAGAGAGAAAGAGAGAGGGAGCGCUCAGCCAAGGGAGCAGAGAGAGAAAGAGAGAGGGAGAAGGAGGACGAGGCGGACAGACAGAAGGAGCGUCACCGGGACAGACAGCAGCAGAUGGUCCGAGGAGCCGAGAGCCACUACCUGGCUGAUCUGCAGGCUCGCAGGGCACUGCCGGAGGACAGGCCACGGCCAGGAGAGAGGCUGACCCCAAACAGACCGGAUAAAGCCAAGGAGUCUGAGCAUUUAGGUUUCACUGCGCCAAAACCUCUGCUGCUGCAGUCCAACCUGCACUCCUCCAGGGGUGCAGUCCCACACCCUGUGCCCAGCCUGGUGCCCUCGCACAUGGGCAAGCAUCACAGUGCUCUGGCAGCUGCCAUGAUGACUCAGAGGAUGAAUGAGGAAGUGUGGUUAUCCCGACAAAGAGGCCAAGACAGAGAGCGUCCUCUGGAGCUGGACCUGCGCUCACCUGGGAAAGGCUUGGAGCAUUGGAGAGAGAAUCCGAGACCCAACACUGUUCAUCAGAAUUCACACAGUAAGGACACCCCACCCUCCCUGGGUGCACCACCUCCGCUUAUCUCUCCUAAAGGUCCCCCUAAUCCCUCAGUGCCACCAACCACACUGUGGAACCCAGCCUCCUUUGUGGAUAGCCCUCCAGCCCGAAAGCUGACCCCUUCCACACCCCCCAGCCGCCCUCCUCCUGGACUGACUCGCACAGAGAGACCUCCCCUAAGCUGGGGGGACAGGGCAGAGGAUAGCAGAAGGAGAGCUGAGGGCUUAGAGAGGAUCCCCUCUAUGAGGGGGGCCAGCUUACAUGAUGCAGCCUCCUGGGGCAAAGUGGAGCAGGACAGAACUAUUCAGAGUCUUUACCAACGGCAUCACAUCAAUAACCUCCAGCAGAGGGCUUGUGCCCCUUUGUCUGCCCCCCUGAGCAGUGCUGAUCUGGGGGUACGGGACUGUAGAAGCUCCCCCUCUCCUGUCAGAGAGAGACACAGCCGUGUGCCUGACAGCCUGCUGGUGUAUGACGAGGUCCUGCAGCAACAUAGGAAGCUGCUCAGCAAACUGGACCUGGAAGAGAGGAGGAGGAAGGAGGCACGGGAGGGAGGUUAUUACUAUGACAUGGAUGAAUCCUAUGAUGAAAGCGAUGAAGAGGAAGUGAAAGCUCAUUUAAGAAGAGUGACCGAUCAACCUCCACUUAAACUGGACACUUCCUCAGAGAAAGUGGAGUUUUUGAGCAUGUGUGGUUUAACAACACUAUCAAAUCGCAAUGAGAUCCUGGCACAGAAGAAGAGGAAGAGGAGGAGGAUGCUGAGGGAGCGUAGUCCCUCUCCACCCAUCUCUCAAGUCAAGAAGAAAGCCUGUCCAGCUCUGAGCACACCAUACACGGCUGAUCAGAUGAACCGCACGCCUGACCUGGGGGAGAAAAAGGACUUCCUCAGCAUGUUUAACCUUAGUCACGUGAGCCCCGCACAGAGGAGAGAAAAGCAGAAGGCAGAGGAUUUGCUAAAGGCCAUUAAGAAGAAGACUGUCACAUUGGACACUAUCAGAUACAAUCCUGUACCACCAUGCAGCACUCCAUCUCCACCUCCCUUAAACGGUGACUCCAAAUCUAUCUCUCUUUCGAAUGGACAUCCUUACCCAGACUCCCCCAGUCCCUCACCUCCCUUUCUGCACAAACCUAAGAACCCGCUCUGUAAUGAUGCACUUAAGUCCUCGUUGGAUCCCCAGGUGACACGCAUUCCUACAUCCCUGAACCCCCAUCAUGAAAAGACUGAAUUUAUGGAACCAAACAGGAAGCCCCAUAACCUCCAGAAUGGUCUCGUCACUUCUCCCCUGAAAAAGACACCCGUCUGUGGGCAGAAUGGCCGCAGUCGGCCCUGGGAAAAGUUCACACCAGAGGUUUUUGCUCAGCACUUCCACCAGGCUGUCCUCCAGUCCACUCAUAGCAAGGAUGGGCUCUUGAACUCGGACCUGUCUCUGCCUCACAAAGCCUCUCCACUGAAAGGCCCCCAUCCAAACCAGAGCUCUCAGUACAUCAACGGUCACCACGCCCCUCCCCAUGGGGCCAGCCGAGACACACUAUCAGCAUACGAGCCCCUGUCUGAUGAGGAGGGCCAGUCAGGGCAGGAUGAAGAGGAAGAUGAAGAGGAGGAGAUGGAAGAAGCUCCAAGAAAGUGGCAAGGCAUUGAGGCUAUUUUUGAAGCCUAUCAUCAGUAUGCAGAAGAGCACAGUAUAGAGAGACAAGUCCUUCAGAGCCAGUGCAAGAAGCUCGAAGCACAAAACCACCAUCUCACUCGGACUGCCGAACAGCUCUCCCACACUAUGGCGGAGCUGAUGAGUCAGAGGCAGCGAGUGCGGGAGGAGAACGAGAGGCUGCAGGCCCAGCUGGAACACUUCAGGAGGUGUCUAACUCUGCCUAACGUGCAGUGGGGCAGGGGCCAAGUCAAUGGACACGCGCCAAGGUGACCUGCCCACACUGACCUUUUCCACGGAUACGCUGCGGACAGCACCAGAGUAGCUGAGGGAACAAGGCACGCCGUCCAAGCCUCACUCCCUACUUGAUGAUUUUCCAGAAUUAAGUGCUGUGCAAAGGAUUAUCUGAAAUAUCCAUCAAAGGAACUGCUGUGACCAUAUAUGGGUAAUGCAACUUUCUGCCCAGGUUGUAGCAAGACCGUACCGGCACUGCUAUUAUCUUCAUGAUGGCUUUAAGAUAGAACAUUGAGCGUCCGAUCUUGCCCCCAAUCUUAGCAGUAAGCGCAAGUGUUAAGGAGGGGGCGUGUCCAGGUGGGGCUGUACUUCGCUGCUGGAGGCUGGAGUGGGAUUGUACAAGUACAUAUAUGGUGAUGGCAUCUGAGCCAAUCUGUGACCGUGUGUCUUUUAAAAGCACUGCCAGUGUGGGUAAUGUCUGCAAUCUUUGCCUCAGUAUCAGGCAGCACAAAGGGGUGUGGGGAAGAAUUAUACAUGUGUACAGUAAAACAACUCUGGAGAGACAACAAUGCAAGUACACACCAGAGGCACCAGGGUUAUAGAAUUUUGUAUAGGCCAUGACAGAACUGACUGGGUUUGUGUUCUGAACAUUCCGUGCGCUCGUGUGCCCCUCUCACUCAUACGCACUGCUGUAAGCCCGUGCAUGUGCACACAUCAACCUUUUAUAGUUUCCUCUGCGUUCAUUUAAGACCAGUGUCUAUUUCAUGUGCCCCCCAUCCAACAGCAGACCCGCUGCUUUCUUGCACCCGCUCCCGCCUGUCCCAGUAGUCCACUACCACAGACUCACCUGAGGUACGAGUGUCCAAUGUUGCUCCUGCUGACCGCUAACAUUCUCGUCUCUCGGGUCCACCGCAUUUGAUCCCACACAGGUGCAUGUCUCGCGGAUUAUGGAAUAUGUUUAUUGUCAUACAAAUGUUUCUGAUGUUACCGCUUUGCGCACAGAUAUGAUACGUGCAUCUGCUCCACUGUCACAGCCCUGAGCUGUCAGUGAAUGCGUGCGCAGAGCCGGUCGCGAGAUUGUGAGGAAAUCGACAUAGCAGCAUUAGGAACACAGACAGGGUAAGAAAACACACUUUAGGACAUUGCUGUAAACAGUCUUGUGUGAAUAAACAGCUUUCGUACAGAUCCAGAUCAAACCAAACAAUAGAGCAGAGCUGAGCCGAUACAGGGAGCGGGCAAGGGGUUGUGAUCUGCUGCAGGAGAGCAUCCGGACAGUUUCCUGCCCAGCACAGGAACAUGUUAUGAAUGUUAAGCAUUUAUCAUCCUAAUGUAUUACCAAAUAAAAGAAGCCUUGAGCAUGUUACAUGUUUCUUUUUCAGCAGACUCGUUUGAUAUUGAUUUUUAUGAUUCUGGCAAUUCACUGAACGCGCCACGCCACACCACGCCCUCAGUCUGCUCCACUCCACCUGAUAUUCAACCACGGCACUCCUCUUGUUUAGAAUUCCACACCCUACACUUGCGCUGAGUGCUAAGAUUGGGGCAAGAUCGGGCCCUGAAAGUUUAAUUCCUAGCUACAUUCUCACUCAAAGGGAAACUAAAUUUGUUAAAAUCAACUUUUUGAACACCUAAAAAUAUACCCAUAAAAUGUUUUAUGGUUAAUUCAGGUAUGUUUAAAGUUACCAAACGUUUCUUUGAUUUUCUUACUUGUAGAUGGCAGAUGUGAAACCUGAUCCCUCUCACCUGGCCUUUGUUCAGGCUCACCUGUGCUCUCUGCUUUCUGUCAGGCCAAAACCAGCAAACUAUCAGAAAGCAGUAAUGUAGAUAACAUCUAGUGGUGAGAGUGGUCCAGGUGUGAGAAUACAACAAGGCCAGGUCAGCUAUGAUUAAUUACAAAAAGUAGCUCUAAUGUUAUCUUGUUUGGACAUAAUUGUUUUAAAUUCCCUCUAUUUAGUCAGUUGACAGGCAGUAGCCUGCAAAGUUAACUAUUUAAAAGUGACAUUGUAAGUGCAGCAACACAAGAGGAUUUUCUCACAUACACAUUAUUUAUGUUCUAAAUAUUUUUAAGAGCCACAAUGAAUUGUCCUCUUUAAAUCCUUACAUCUCCACAAAUAGCCUCCUUGGACCACAGUGGUGAGGCAUUUGAGUGAAGGAAUCAAAGCACACCUCAGGCCUUAAAACUUGACAGGAUGCACUUGAAAUGUUGUUUUUUAUGUUUGAAGAAAUACUUGACUGUUGUCUGUGUGGUACCUUGCUGUGUGUAAAUUAAUGUGUACAAUAAGUUGUUUGAGUGCCGAUUAAGGUUUGGUAGAGAAUUACAGCUAAAAAUAUAAUCAACAAUGGGGAAUAAUUAUUGUGACAUUUUUUUAAGUCUAUGUAAUUUUCCAUUGGUCAGUUGUGAUAGAUGAAGGAUUUGUAUGUUUUGUUCUACAAGCAUUUAAAGUGGGAAGCCAUAUAUAUUAUUUAGAAUGCUGCUGGUCAGAAUAUCAUUUUGAAACAGUGAUUUGGGACGACAGUGAAGUAAGAAAAAAAUUAAACUUUUUUUGUGCUGCUUUGAACAUGCCUUUUGCAAUGUUUACUUACAGUGAGUCAGCCUUCCUUUGAAAGAUCUGGAUUAUCUCAAGGGAUAAUCUAUAAUGAAUAUGUUGAAAACUGUCAGAUGAUGGAGCUCCAAUCCUCCUCCAUAUUUCUCUCAUGGCAGUCACAACCAUUGAGAGAAUUACUGAUUACAGAGGAUAAAGAAGUUUAAACAUUUCCCAAAUAGAUUACAAUAAAGUAGGCCGACUCCUUCAUGGUCGUUUGAUGCUUAGUUUUGCUCAAUACAAGUAAGACCUGUAAAACAUCUUAGUUUGACCUUCCCACAGACCUGUUUGUACCUACAGACAUGCUGUGAAAGUCCACCUUCUCUUUCAAUCAGCCGCAUUGUCAUUUUCAUGAGAUAUAUACAUGUAAUUAAUUAUUUAUUAACAUAAUGUUGUACAUUCUGAUUUACAUUAAAACAUUUGUUUAAAAAGGGUCUUUUUAUUGUUUUGUUUGCAAUUAAUUUUGUUUAAAUGGGGAAAUAAAUAAGUCUAUUUCUA